CCGUUAUCUGUUUGUGUUGCAUGUUCAAAUUUGAUAAGCGCCUUAUAUAAGCAUGGAAAUAUGUUUGUCAUCGUUGCAUGCUCGUUUUAUGCGAAAGACCCAGCAGAGCUCGGUGUUCGCCACACUUUUGACUCGAAUUCGCGAUCGUGCGUUGAAAAGCGAUCGGUAUAAAUAUUAAUAUGCGCAAACAGUUGCGAUCAGUAUACAAAAUCACCACACGCUGCCUAGAUGUGCGAAAGGCGUACAGUACCAGACGCAUGGACGAGAUUAAGGUUGCACUUGCCCUGGGUCCGCCCAUGCCCAAGACCCUGAAGCCAAAGGGCGCCUGCAAUGGCUGGCCAAACGCGACACGCAACGACGAACGGAGACCAUCUUUUGCGGAUCUGGUAUUCUAUCCGGACGGACGUCCAGCUAUGCCCAACGACCAGGAUGCCAACAGUAUUGCACGCGAGAAUGCAGACUACAAUGCAGCGAUUGAAACGCUGACCAAGCUACAGGGAAACGGAGACAGCAUACGAAACUCCAUAUCAGACAAGAAGCUAAAUUCGUUGGUGCACACGCUCAAGUAUCUGGAGCGCAGCGGACUCACAUUGGAGGAUGUAGAGCAGCUAUCGGUGAUACAUGUGGCCGGCACCAAGGGCAAGGGCUCUACGUGCGCGCUGACCGAAUCGAUAUUGCGGCAAUAUGGCGCACGGACUGGAUUCUUCAGUUCGCCGCAUCUGGCAACGACCAAUGAGCGCAUCCGGAUCAAUGGGGAUCCGCUGCCGAAGGACAAGUUCACCAAGUAUUUUUGGCUCGUUUACAAUCGGAUGCUGGUGCAGCGCGAGCAUGAGAAAGAUAUGCCGGCAUUCUUUAUGUUCCUGACCAUUGUUGGCUUCCAUGUGUUUAUAGCGGAGCGUGUCGAUGUGGUCGUGCUCGAGGUGGGCCUCGGCGGCGAGCUGGACUGUACGAACAUAUUGCGAAAUGUGCGCACCGCGGGCAUCACAUCGCUGGCAUUGGAGCAUACGGCCCUGUUGGGCAACACGCUGCGCCAGAUUGCCUGGCAGAAGGCGGGCAUCAUAAAGCCGGGCGCCCAUGUCUAUACGCACGUAACACAGCCGGAAUGCUUGCAGGUGAUCUAUGAGCGCGCCGCCGAACGCCGGGCCCAGGUCUUUCAGGUGCCCAGCACGGACGCGUAUCUACAAAAUGCGGACGGCUUGAAUGAGUAUGUGCGCCUGAAUGCCUCGCUGGCCAUCCAGUUGACGUACGACUGGCUGCGCCAGACGACGGGUCGACUGCAUCGGGAUUAUCCGAUCAAUGAGCGGCACAUCACCAGCGAGGUGCUGCGCGGCCUGAACGCGGCCAAUUGGCCCGGACGCUGCCAGCUGGUCGAGUACGAGAAUAUGCGCGUCCAUUUGGAUGGGGCGCACACCGUGGAGAGCAUACGGGUCUGCUGCGACUGGUACCAGAAGAGCAUCAGGCACAGUCGCAAUCCAAAUAUUUUGGUAUUCAAUCGCACGGGGGAUUCGGAUCCAAAGGCCAUACUGCAUGUGCUGCGGCAGGCGUGCACCUUUGAUAUGGUCUGCUUUGUGCCCAAUCUGGCGACCGACAAGCCCAACGAUCCCAACCAGGCGAACCUCCACUGCAGCCCCGAGGCGCAGCGACAGCGCGCCCAGAGCAUUGCCGCCACCUGGCAGCAGCUAUGCGAUUCCCAGCAGCAACAGCCGAAUCAUGGACAAAUGUAUAAUACGGUCUGGGAUGCGUUCGUUGCGAUCCGUACGCGUUAUCCCUAUCACAUUCAGCUGGAUGUGCUGAUAACCGGCUCCAUACAUUUGCUUGGCGCUGUCAUAACGGUACUUAACGAUUUCCAUUUGGAGGCGCCGCCAACGAAAAAUGGACACACCUGAUGCCCAGUUGGCAAUGGGCUCGGUCGAUCGCCUGAUAUGUAAUUGGAAACUAUAUUUAUAGAACGCACCCCCUCCCCCCUUGUAAAGUAAGACUAGACAUUUAAUACAUGCCCUAAUAUAUAUUUAGAUAUAUGUAUAUAUAUAUAUAUAUAUAUAUAUAUAUAUAUGUAUAUGUGUAUAUUUUGUAAACAUUUAACUGAUUCUUUUUAAGCACACGUCACUUCCAAAGCUCACACACGCUGGAAAUGCGAGAUUCUCGUUUUACAAAAAAACAGAGCUUCUAUUGUAGAAAUGAUUGUAUAUUGGAAAUGUGUCCAACUCCAAUUGAGCUAUGGUUUCUUAAUGGUCUGGCAAUUGCGCACUGUGGCAACCCUGUUAGUAACUGUAACUCUAAAAUCUUACCUCGCUCUAUAUUUAAUAGUAAAUUUAAUGUUCCAAUUGAGCAAUGCUGCCUUUAUAGUCUGGCAAUUGCGCAAUGUGGCAACCCUGUUAGUAACUGUAACUUUUAGACCUAACCCCACUUAUUUGUUAUAUUUAAUAGCCUAUGCAACAUUCUGUAUAUAUAGUAAAAUGGUAAAAAAUCGCUACUAAUGACAA